AUGAAAGCAUCGGUCUAUCAGGUUGCUAUACCUCAUGUACUUUUCUUCCUACAGGCCGCAGCCACGCUACAAGGAGGCCCUCCCACCGUGGUGCGGACGAGCUCAGCAGGCGCAUUAGAAACGCUAGACACAGAAGGCAACAAGGAACUCGAAGAAUGGCUGGCAGCAAACAUCAGAACUCCCCCUUCUAUGCUCAAACCGUGUCCGCUGCCCUGCAGCGAGGCACCAGAUAGCAUUAAUGGAGGUGGAUGGUUUUUGGUACCCGAUGCUACCAGUUUCGCUCAAUGUAACAAGACAUUGCUGCUGGAUCUCGUCGUCAAAAGUGACGAUCCACCAGCCCUCAGGGCAUGCACGGCUGAUUAUGGCUCCAAUUAUCAACUUUCCAAAAUUCAUAGUCCUGAUGAUGGAAAUGCAGCCCUUUGCUCUACACCUAACCACGAAAUGGUGAAGACUUCUAUCCGCUUGUUGGAAGUCUCGACUCCCACUCAGAACAAUGACACGUUUGCAACUCAACAUCUGGUGUCAGCAAGUCGUCAGGUUAUGCAUUACUUGGCUUCUCAGAAACCUUCUUGUUCGAAAAAUGCCUUAGCAUUCGGCUAUAGCCAAACUUCUGUCGUUGGCGUCUUUGCUGGCGCUGAGGUUCACCAGCAUGGACUGGCCAUCGACAUUAUCAACAGCCUCCUCUCAUAUGCGACGGAAAGGUCCAUUUCCCAGACCACAGUUCUUCAACUGUGUCAGGAACAUGGCCUUGGGGCAGAUUAUUCAUUUGGAUUAGUUGCAACUAACGCAAACAACUUGAAGUUUGCUCAGGAAGCCGUCCGCCGGUGGGCAAGCGGCAAAUGCGUCGGUCCGGACGGGGGGCGAGAUUGGAAGGAAGUUACAAUCCGUGUGCCCUCUAUUGUGAGGCCAACCAAUACGACGGCCUCUUCAAACAUGACUGGUUCACGUCUCGGCUCUAGGUCUUUCUGGCAGGAUCUUGCUCGGGUCCAUUGCAAAACGCUCACCGUCAGGAGCGGAGACGGUUGCUGGGCUUUGGCCAAGAUAUGCGGAGUUAGCCAGUCCGACCUGACCAAAUAUAAUCGCCGUGCAAAUUUCUGCGAUACUUUGGUCGUUGGUGAAAAAGCUUGCUGUACUCGGGGCAUCCUCCCUUCAAGCAUUCCUGAUUCCAAGUCCGACGGCACAUGUGUAACCAAGGAAGUCAAGAGCGGCGAUAGCUGCGGCUCUCUAGCCUCAAAAUGUGGCCUUAGUGCAAGCGACUUUAUGAGGUUGAAUACUAAAGAGGAUCUAUGCUCUACCCUAGCUGAAGGCCAGCAAGUCUGUUGCUCGCGCGGGAAGCUGCAAGACCGGCGUCCAAAACCCGAGUCGGACGGGACUUGCGCUUCUGUCAAGACGAAUCGAGGCGACAGUUGUGCCAGCAUAGCCGCUUCUCGGGACCUUACGGUUAGGGAUAUUGAAAGUUUCAACGAGGACACCUGGGGCUGGAAUGGUUGCAAAGUGCUCUGGGUUGGCUUCAGACUCUGCGUUAGUGAAGGGAAACCGCCCAUGCCGGAACCGGUAUCUAAUGCCGUCUGCGGUCCAACAGUUCCCGGUACAAAGGCGCCAGCUAAAGGCUUCGACUUGUCGAGGCUUAACCCCUGUCCUCUCAAAGCUUGUUGUAAUGUUUGGGGUCAGUGCGGGCUUUCAGACGACUUUUGCAUUGAAUCCAAAUCUGAGACUGGUGCCCCAGGAACUUCUGGCGUCAGGAACGGAUGCAUUAGCAAUUGCGGAAGAGCUAUUAUUAGAAGUUCGCCCCCUCCGAGUGUUAUCAAAAUUGCGUAUUUUGAAGCGUGGAAUCAUAAACGGUCCUGUUUAUGGAUGGAUAUUGACGAUAUUGAUACCACGAAAUACUCUCAUAUCCACUUCGCCUUCGGUGAAGUGACGAAAGACUUCAGAAUCGAUAUCAGCAAAGUUCAGACCCAGUUUUACAAGCUUAAAGCUAUGGUGGGUGUUAAAAGGAUCAUCUCACUUGGAGGCUGGGACUUCAGCGCCUUGCCGGGGACGUAUAAUAUCCUUCGCGAAGCUGUCCAGCCAAGGAACCGCGACAAAUUUAUCACGAAUAUUGUGGAUUUCCUGAUCCAGCAUGAUCUUGACGGAGUGGACCUUGACUGGGAGUAUCCUGGGGCAACUGAUGACCAUCAAAACGGCUUGAACUAUUUUAAACUCGUUGACGAAUUAAAAUAUAGACUAUCUAAUGCUAAGUCUGUCUCCUUUGCAGCUCCAUCAUCAUAUUGGUAUCUAAAGGCGUUUCCUAUCUCACUCAUGGCCAUGUCACUUGAUUACAUUGUUUUCAUGACAUACGAUCUCCACGGGCAGUGGGAUUAUGGCAACAAGUGGACAUCUCCUGGCUGCCCAACAGGUAAUUGUCUGAGAUCCCACGUUAAUAUGACUGAAACUAAGGAUGCCCUUGUCAUGAUCACUAAGGCUGGCGUUCCAUCUAACAAGGUCGUGGUGGGCGUCGCCAGCUAUGGGCGCUCUUUCAAGAUGGCUGAAGCUGGCUGUUACGGGCCACUUUGCAAAUUUACUGGAACCCCCCGCAUAUCUCACGCUGCCAAGGGCCGUUGUACAGACACGUCCGGAUACAUAGCCAAUGCAGAGAUUGAAGAAAUCCUUGCCAGUGGCAAGGUCACCAAGCAGUGGCGAGAAGCUGGCUCUAAUAUUCUGGUCUACGACGACACUGAGUGGGUGGCGUACAUGGACGACAAACUUAAGGAUAUUCGAACUCAGUUUUAUCUCAUGAAUAACUUUGCUGGAACGACGGACUGGGCUGUUGACCUGCAGAAGUUUUUACCUGGCGACGGUAUUCCUGACGACGAUUUUGAGGACGAAUAUGAGCCAUACAUUGAUCCUGAUUUUUAUUCGGACUGUAGUGGUAAAUACAGCACGUUGGGCGAUGUUGAAAAACAUCUAACUACGAUGCCCACCCACUGCACAGAGAAGUACAUUGCUCAAGCAGAGUCGGCUAUGAUUAAGGAAGCCUUGACAAAGCACCUCGAGCUUCUGCAAGAUGAUUACGACAGCAAAUUCAAAACCUAUGAACGGUUUGUAAAACAGCAAGUCCCUGUGCAGAUUAAUAACUUUAUGGCGAGCGACAAAGUACAUCAAUACUUUAAAUGCUCAGAGUAUAAGAAGGUUAUCUGUUGCAGUGACUGUACAUAUGCUACAUGUCUCGAGACUUGCGCCAAUUUUGCCGGCUGCAAGAGCGGAUAUCAAACGCUAGAUAUUAAAUGUCCACAGCAGAAGGAUGAGCUCGAAAUGAUUUCUAUGGAAACCACUCCUAACGCCACGUUCCGCCUUGAGGACGAGGAGGGGUUUUGGAAAGAAAUCGGGAGCCAAUAUGGUAUUGAAGAGGCUUGGGUGGCAUUUGGAAGAAGACAUAUGAGGACAGCUAACGGCUGCCAGUACGCUGGCAAAGCCAUUCAUGAAUGCCAAAACCAGAAUGACCGUUGGUGGUACAACUACCCGAUCGCCGCUGACGACAAGAUCAAGGUAUACAACCCAAAGAAGAUUUUCGGUGACUCCACAGACACCAUUGCAAGCCUGGCCGAGAAUUUGGACAUUAUCAAGGACCUGAAUAUCUACGACACUUUGAUGCUGUGGUCAGACGUCGUGGACGCGGCGUCGCUGCCAGCACUUACCCUGCAGGCAGCAGUCGAAAAUAUGAAAAGCAUUAUUGACAAGGCUGAGGAAAUUGAGAAGAAGCAGAAAGAAGAGUUCAUUCUGAACAUGGUGAUGGGAAUAUUAUUCUUUAUCCCCGUCGUUGGGGAGGCGGCCGGCUCGGCGGCCGGCUCGGCUGGUUUGACAGCCGCUCGAUCUAUGCUACGCCUAAUAGGUGCGGCAGGGGAUGCGGGCAUGACUGUAUACGAUAUCGUCAAGGACCCUAGCAAUGCAUUCAUGGCGGCUUUUGGAUAUGUUCUCGGUGCUGGCGUGGGACGAUCUGGGUUUCGGGACGCCGCAAAUUCUAGGCGAGCAGUGCGGCCUAGAGAACUUGCUGCAGUCGGCUCAUUGAAAACUGAUCUCCGGAGAAUUCAAGUAUCCCGUAAGAACAUCUGCUAUCUCUAG